AUGACAUCAAAUGUUAAAUACAAACAUUAUGUUAUUUAUCCUCAGAGAAAUGCCAGCUUUCUGACAGUGAUAAUGAAAAUUUACAGCCGUCUUGUCAGUGGACUUUUCCUCUCUGCUUUUCUCACAUCAGUAUGGUCUCUUUCAAAUUUUUACGACAAAUUCAAUCUUGGCAAACGCCUGAUUGGUCAUACUCUUUUUAACAUGACAGUCAGGGGCCCCCAGAUGUGCAUUGAAGAAUGUAAAUCCCGGAAACUCUGUAUGUCUGUCAAUUUUAAUAAACGGUUGAUGAUUUGUGAGUUGCGGACAUCCACCGCCAACAAGUUUCCAGGAGAACUGGUGGACGACCCUAAUUUCGACUAUCUUGACGCCGGAAUAGUUAGCUACAGUACGGGAGACUUAUGUUUAAAGGGAAACAACUGUGAUCCGGGAAAGCUUUGUAUAAGGUUACAGGACGCUAGUCACACGUGUAUUUCUGAUAUAGCUCACGACAAAUGCACCGCUGAGCCCCCAUACAUACGUGGGACGGCCAUUAAUGUCACAGACCGAGCAGUAGGGGCAGUCUUAACCUACGAAUGUCUACCCGGCUACAACGCGACGGGAGACAACCCAAAUACGACGUGUCGUCUGGACGGAUCCUGGUCACCUGCCAACCUGACAUGUGACAAUGGCAUCGAGACCUGUUUCGUGGAUCCAAAUUGCAUUGUUAAACAGGACUUUACCUUUGACGAUUCCUUUAAUGCUUGCUAUGGAGACAUGUACAUAAAAAAUUCGACAUACAACCCUGGGAAAUACGUGGGCAUUAUUCUGUGUAGUCCAACAAGGUAUCAUCUGUUUUUGAGUGAUGAUAUAGAUGGUAUGUUUUAUAACAUCGCUGAUGGGUCCGGAUCCGGUGAUGACCACUGUGAACUGAUCGGAGGUACUUCCUCCACUGCUGUAGAAUCCCCGGAUUAUCAAGACAGUCCUGAUAUACAAGGUUUCUAUCGGUCGAGCAUGAACCAAGCCUUUUCUUUCGGGGAUAUUGGUUAUCUUGGUCCGUCCUAUAACUGGUUUGGCACAUGGUUAGAGUGUGGUGUUACCAUUCCUGGAGACUUCACUGUAUACUGAAGAUUAAGUUGUUUUAUUAACAGUAAAACGUAACCAAAGAUAUUGUCAGGGGAAAUUCAAGGAACAAAAUUGCUUUUACAACCAUUUGAAGACCUAAUAUUAAUAGGAUUACUAAAAUUUAAAUGAAAUUUUUUCGGAUGUGUUUUCCAUACAGUAGCAAAA